CAUCCCGCACAACCUGCCUGCAGCUCGCUUUCUGGUCCAAAUUCCUCAGAUUCCUCUCAUCAUUCUAGCAGCUCGCAUUGCUGUCUGUCACACCUGUCCCUCAUGGCAACGGCCCUGGCCUCCGCUUCGCUUCUCCACAGCGGUUUUCUCGGCAAGGAUCUCAGGCGAGGACUCCUCCGGGUUUCUGCCAUCCGUGCCCCAUCCGUCAGCCUCCGUGCCUCGUAUCGCCCGGCUGCCGCCGGCGCUGCUUCACGACGACAGUCCACGUCAGCCGCAUCGCCUCCCACCAAAUCGGGCAUGGCAGCAGCUGCAGCAUCCACGUCAGCAGCAGCAUCAGUGGCAGCGUCGGUGGCAGCAGCAGCGGAUGGCGCGUCGCUGGACUCGAUUGAGAAGACGCUGCUGAUCGUGGGCGCCGGCACACUGGGCUCACUGGUGGCGCAGCAAUGGCAGCAGCGCUACCCAGGCGCCAAGGUGUACGGGCAGACGCGUUCGGACACGCGGCACGAGCAGCUGCGCUCCAUGGGCGUCUUCCCAAUCCUCAGAGACGUCAGCGACGAGGCACUCGCGGGCGGCGUGCCGUUUGUCAUCUUCUGCGCGCCGCCGGGCGGCAGUCAGGACUAUGAGGGCGAUGUGAGAGCAGCAGCUGCCCUAUGGAACGGCACUGGCGCCUUUCUCUUCACGUCCAGCAGCGCAGUCUAUGCCGUCACUGACAACUCCUUCUGCCCCGAGGGUGCGCCCACCGUGCCGCUCGGCUCCAGCCCGCGCGUGGACGUGCUGCUAAAAGCCGAAGGGGCGGCGCUGGAAGCGGGCGGCAAUGUGGUGCGGCUGGCGGGGCUGUAUACAUUGGAGCGGGGGGCGCACACGUACUGGCUGCGACAGGGGACGGUGGACUUGCGGCCUGAUCACAUCCUCAACCUUAUCAGCUACGAGGACGCGGCGUCGCUGUGUGUGGCGAUUCUGGCGGCGCGCAAGCAAGGGCGGGUGUUCAUGGGGUGCGACAACCACCCUGUUUCCAGGCAAGAGCUCUUGGAGCAGACGGUGAGGAGCGGGCGCUUUGAGGGCGAGUUCAAGGGGUUCACAGGCACAGAGGGGCCGCUUGGGAAGCGCAUGUGCAACGAGGCCACCCGCACCGAACUGGGGUGGGAGCCCAUGCACAAGAGCUUCGCUGACUUCCUUGGCCUCGAGUCCUGACAGGUUCUCAGCCGAUUUUCCACAGAUUCUUCAGAUUCCGAGACACCUCUAAGCUUCUGCAGUUGGAGUUGCAGGGAUCACCUCAAGGUGUUAGAUAGGGUAACUCACUUCAGCUCUGCAUGUUGAGUUAGUGCAAACUAGGCUGCUGUGACUUUCACUGCAGCCUCCUGACUUGUAGUGGAAAUUAUUGCACAUACAGCACCUUGCUAAGGCACACAUUGCC